AUGGGUCCCGCGGUGUUCACCGAGCUCGCGCAGCCCGCGUACGCGCGCGACCCCGACGACGACGGCGCGCACCCGGUGUCCGCGCUGCCCCCGGCGGCGCAGCUGGCGCUGCCCGUGCUCGAGCUCGUGGCGGCGGACGAGGGCGCCCACCCCAACCCUUGGACCGAGCCGCUCGAGAUUAAUACCGUGGCGGAGCGGCGCGCGCGCAUGUGGCACCAGCUGCGCGUGGCGUGCGAGAAGGUGACUAACGCGCGGGCGCAAGAGGUGGAGCGGCGAGCAGAGGCGGACGCACAAGCGAGUGCUGGCGGGGCAGCAGCAGUCGCGGGAGCAGCGCACGGGGCCAGCAGCGCCGUGCCUCCGUCCCCUCACUCCCCCGACCCCGCUACUAGCGCCGUUGCGGGCGGCGCGGCUGCGCCAUUCACAGCAGCAGGCGCGCGUGGCGUGCCGCCUGGGCUGCUGCAGUUCGCGCGCACCGUCGCGCGCCUCGUGGGGUUGGGGGAAGGCGCGCGCGUGGCGCCGGAGUGGAUGGCGGAGGACGGGGGGAGGGCGGAGGCGGAGAAGACAGACGAGGGCCGGGGCGAGGGGCAAGAGGGAGUGGACGGGGCACCUGAACUCACGCCCUCUGCUGCUGCUGCUGGCGCUGCUGGUGGCAGUGUUGCUGAAGGGCUUUCAGCGCACAAUAAUGAGGAUGCUCCUAGCGGGGUGGAGGAAGGGCAGGCAGCAGCGAGGGGCGGAAGGCCGACGUUUCAGCAGUGGCAGCAGGGGGGCGCGCAGGGGGGUGUGCAAGGCGGAGGGGGGGCGGGGAGGGGCAUGAGGGUGGCGGUGGGCAUGCAGGUGCAGCUGCCUCGCUCCGUGUCGCCCCACGUAAGGGCCUCCGUCACUCCUCGCUCUGCCCGCCUUCGGCGCCGCGUCGCCACAGCGGUGGGGCCGGAUGGGCCGGCAGGGCUGGGCAGCCCGGGGGGCGGCGAUGAGGGCGCGCGCAGCAGGGGCGUGGGGGGGCUGGCGGACGUGGCGGAGGAUGUGAGUGUAUCGAGGGGCGGGGGCAGAGAGGGGGAGGGGGCGGGGUCGUGGGGCGUGCUGCUGGGGGGCGUGGGUCUGGUGCAGCAGCGCGAGGCACGGGAGCGCGAGUGGGCGCGCGAGGCAGCAGCAGCGGAGGCGCAGGCAGCAGCGCUGGCAGCAGCGGCGGCGGCGCAGAGAGCGGCGGUGGCGCGGAGGAAAGCCGGGCUGGACGGGCUUGAGGUGGCCGUGGGGGCGGGCGAGGGCGCUGCCGGGUCAGGGGCCGCGGGUGCGGUGGGGGCAGAGGGUGGGUGGGGCGUGGUGGGGUUCAUUCAGGUUGGGGGGGAGGGCGGUGGGGAGGAGCAGGAGCGGCGGCUGGAGGUGGCGUGUGCCAUCCGCGUGCGCGACACGGCCUCGGGCCAGGAAUACCUCGUGGAGCACCCAGCCCUGCUGCUCUGGGGGGGGGAGGAAGGCGCAGGUGGGGCAAUGGGCACGGAGGGCGUGCGGUGGGGCUUUGGGGGGAAGGCAAUGAGGGGGCGAGGGCAGGCGGGGGCGUCCACCGGUGGGGGGAGUGUGGGCGGUGCGGGGGUUGAGGGCGUGGCGGAGGGGGAGAAUGUGGCAGCGCUGCUGGCUCUGAGGGCCGUGCGGCAGGCGGUGAGGGAGGAGAGGGUGGUGGAGCGGCGGCACAAGAAGAAGACCCCCCUGGCGCCCACAGCCGCUGCAGCUGGUGGCAUGGUGGGCUCAAUCGAGGGCGAGGAGAGGCCAGCAGAGGGCGCAGUGGAAGGGAAAGGGAGUGCUGCAGCAAGUAGCAGUGCACGGGACAGAGGCGCCGUGGGGAGUGAUAGGGAGGGCGGUGAGAGGGAAGGGAAGGCGGAGAAGGAGGGGAGGGAUGGCGGAGAGGUGGGUGCGGUUGAGAGUGGUGAGGAGGGGUCGGACGCGGAGUACCGUGAAGGGAGACGAAGAGAGGGAGGGGGUUUCGUGGGGGAAGAGGGAAGCGGAAGUGGGGGGGAAAGGGGGCGGGGAGGGGGAGCGGGAGGGGCAGCGUGGCGACAAGAGUGGGUCACCGGAGGAGAGUGGGAGGAAGUCCAGGUGGGGGCGCAGGGCGGCAAGGAGGAGCGGGGCGGCGUGGAGGAUGGGGGGGAGGGCGGCGGGCAGGGCCGGCCCAAGUCGAGCCGUGGGCGCGGGUGGCUCAAGGCCAUCCGCCGUGCUGCUGGGUACGGCAGUGGUAGUGGCAGUGGCAGUGGCAGCGGGAAGGGCAAGGAUGGCGGCAAGAGUAAGGGGGGGCAGGGGGAGGACAAAGAGGGCGGUGUGGGGGUUGGAGGGGGAGCGGUGGGGGGGGAGGGCAACGGGGAUGGGGGCGGAUGGUCGGGGCAGGGAGAGAGGCCGGGGGAGCCAUCAGUGCAGGCAGGGGAGCGCUCAGACCAGCCACCUGCCGGACCUCUGGGAGGCUCGGGCCUAACCUCAUCCGGACUAGCAGGCUCGGGGCCAGGCAUGGCGAAGACAGCAGCAGCAGGGGCGGCAGCAGGCGGGGGGGGUGGGGCGUUGGGCGCUCCUGCGGUGGGGCCGGUGAGGGUGAAGGUGUCGGCUGUGAGGAAGCCCGCCCGCCAGCUGUCCGACCUGUGGCUGCGCCAGGAGGUGCGCGGCGCGCACGACGGCGCCGUGUGGGUGGCGCGCUUCAGCUGCUGCGGGCGCUACCUGGCCACGGGCGGGCAGGACGGCGCCGUGCGCGUGUGGCGGGUGGAGGGGGCGCCAGGGGGGGUGGGCGAGGGGAGUGGCGCCGCGGACGAGGUGGUGGUGGGCACGUGGGAGCGGCGUGGGGGGCGGCUGGGUGGGGGAGGGGGCAGUGGAGGGGUGGAG